AUGGGGGCCACUCACCAUCUGGGAGCUCCUCUCUCGACCGACCUGCCCGAGCUCAAGCCUGAUACCUAUUUCACCCAGACGCAAUGGAAGACCCUGUUCGCUCUCGUAGAUGCCAUCAUCCCCUCCAUUGUUGCCGAGUCGAGGGUGACAGACCGCAAGAACCAACUACGCCUAUCGGAGCCCCGGUACGAGGAGGCAUACGAGAAGACUAACAGAGCCUUGAGAACCCCAGUGGACCAUGACAAGUUCCAGCAGUACCUGGAGGCGCGCCCGCUCGAUAACCCGAGGUUCCUGCAAAUCCUCAAACGUAGCCUCGAGAACAUCUCAAAUAGCGAGCGGAAACAACUAGGCAUGGUUCUGGAUAUACUGGCUACGCGUCUCGGCAGCCUAGCGGCAACGGGCUACUGUGACACCGUCCUUGAACAGCCGCUUCACGUCCGGGAAGCGGCCAUCAAGUCCUGGGGCCGGGCUUGGGUGAGGAUCUGGCCAAUCGUCGGGAAGUCGAUCGCCAAGAUGGCGAGGGUGCUCUACGCACAGUCGGACCCUUUGCUGCUCGAGCUCAGCGGUUACAAGCGGUAUGACGACCACUACCGACCCGGACCCUCGUUCGACUUCGACUUCGCACAGUUCGGACCCGGAUCCGAUAUCGAAACUGUCGAUGCCGACGUCGUAAUCGUCGGGUCUGGUUGUGGAGGGGCCGUGUGCGCGAAGGUCCUUGCCGAAGCGGGACACCGAGUCGUCGUCGUCGACAAGGGCUAUCACUUUCCCACCUCCCAGCUGCCUAUGACUGCUGAGGCAGCCAACCACUUCCUCUACGAAGGAGGCGGAGCCGCCCAGAGCGCAGACGGGUCUGUCACUGUGCUUGCCGGAAGCUGCUGGGGAGGCGGGGGUACGGUGAAUUGGAGCGCCUGUCUGCAGCUUCAGGGGUUCGUGCGCCAGGAAUGGGCAGAUCAGGGUCUUGACUUUUUCACUACCCAAGAAUUUCAAAACUGCAUGGACCGUGUGUGGGAUUUUAUGGGUGCCAGCGAUUCGCAGAUACGCCAUAACCACCGGGCAAACGUCAUUCUCAAUGGAUCAAAGAAGCUCGGCUGGUCCGCCAAGCCGGUCCCUCAGAACACCGGAGGGGCAGAGCACUAUUGCGGCAACUGCACCCUAGGCUGUAGUUCGGCUGAGAAGCAGGGCCCGACUGCGAGCUGGUUACCCGCAGCCGCCCGCGCAGGCGCGAGACUCAUCGAGGGAUUCGAAGCCACCAAAGUCCUCUUCGACGAGAGCGGAUCGAAGCGAGCCGUGGGGGUGUUAGGGACGUGGACAUCACGAGACGAAAACGGGAAGCUAAACACUCCGGUGAAGGAUAGAAUCCAGAGACAGGUCCGAGUCAGAGCGAAGAAGGUCAUUGCGGCCUGUGGCACGCUCAAUAGCCCCUUGUUGUUGAUGCGAAGCGGACUCAAGAAUUCUCAUCUAGGGAGAAAUCUUUACUUGCACCCUGUUGCCCCGCUUAGUGCUGCUUUUGGUGAGGAUAUUAAAGGCUGGGAAGGUGGAAUCUUAACCAGUGUUUGCUCUGCCUUUGAAAAUCUCGAUGGCAAAGGUCACGGCGUCAAGCUCGAGCCGUCUGGCAUGGUUCCCUACAUGUUCCUCUACGAACAUCCUUGGCGGGGCGCUCUGCAAUGGAAACUCGACGCGCUCCGCUGCCGGCAGAUGGACGCUUUCAUCUCCAUAUCCCGCGACCGCGACACCGGCCGGGUGUACCCGGACCCCGACGACGGCCGGCCCGUCAUCGACUAUACGCCCUCCGCUUUCGACCGCAAGCAUCUGCUGGCCGGCGUUAUCGCACUAGCAAAACUAUGCUAUAUCGAAGGGGCCACAGAGAUUUGGCCGUUUGUCCAGAGUGUGCCGUCAUUCGUGCGCCGGUCGAAACCGAACCGUGUUGCAGAGGCCAAGGGCUCCCUCGGCGAUGACACGGAUGAUAUCGACCAGGGUAUCAACGACCCUGACUUUGUCGCGUGGUUGAAGACCGUCGAAACCACCGGACUCAACUUCCCCGACGCGACUUUUACGUCAGCACAUCAGAUGGGCACAUGCCGCAUGAGCGCGCACCCGAGUCGGGGCGUCGUUGACGCCACGGGCAGGACCUGGGAGGCGCAGGGCUUGUACGUGGCCGAUGCGAGCGUGUUCCCGACCGCAAGCGGUGUCAACCCCAUGAUUACCGUGAUGGCGAUCGCGGAUAGGAUUGCCAGAGAAGUUUCCCGGGGCUUGAAGAGGGAACAGGGCGCAAAAGCGGCACCUUGA